AUGAAGGUGCUUAAUGUCGCUGAAAAGAACAGUGUCGCCCGUGCGGUGACGGAGAUCUUGUCCCGUGGCCGGUCGCAGCAGCUGCAGUCCUGCGCAACCUGGUGCAAGGUGUACUCCUUUCCCUUCCAGCUGGCCAAUGAGCCGGUGGACAUGGUGUUCACCUCGGGUGAGCAGGAAAAGAUCCUGCGCAAUCUGCAGACCCAGGCCCGCUCCUGUCAGCAGCUGGUUCUCUGGCUAGAUUGCGAUAGGGAAGGGGAGAACAUCGCAUUUGAGGUCAUCCAAGUAUCGCUGGUGGCCUCGGACAUCAUGCGAGCCGUCAACUCGCUGGGACCCCCCAACGAGCGCGACGCCAUGGCCGUGGACGCCCGGCAGGAGAUCGACCUGCGCAUCGGCGCAGCCUUCACCCGCCUGCAGACCCUGCUCCUGCAGAACAAGUUUGACUGGAGCGGGCUCCUGCCCGCCGGCCGCGAGCGCAUGCUACUCAGCUACGGGCCCUGCCAGUUUCCCACCCUGGGCCUGAUCGUGCAGCGCUUGUGGGAGAUCCGGACCCACAUCCCAGAGGACUUCUGGAGCAUAGAGGCGAAGGCCGCGCCCACCGGCGACCAGCCCGGCUGCACAUUUGCUUGGUCGCGGGGCCGCCUUUUUGACCAGCCUGCAGCCGCCAUGCUGCAUGAGCUUUGCUGCGACCACCCCACGGCAACGGUCGCCGAGGUCAAGGGCCAGCAGAAGCAGCGAUGGGCGCCCACGCCCCUCAGCACCCUGGAGAUGCAGAAGCGAGCCUCGCAGUACCUGCGCAUGCCGGGUGAGCGCAUCAUGCGGUAUGCGGAGGAGCUGUACCAGGCCGGCGCCAUCUCCUACCCCCGAACCGAGACAGACAUAUUUGACAAGCAGUACGACCUCAGGGCCCUCAUAGGCGUCCAGGCGGGCACCCGGGUGCCUUGGGCGCCUUUUGCCCAGAAACUUGUGGAAGGCCCGCUCUUCCGGUGGCCCCGCUCAGGCGGCCACAAUGACCAAGCCCAUCCGCCCAUCCACCCCACCGCCCCCUUCCAAGCCGACGGAAGUGACAAGGCGCGCCUGUACGAAUUCAUCUGCCGCCACUUCCUGGCAUGCUGCUCGCUGGAUGCGGAGGGGCAGUCCACCACCGUGACCAUCGACAUAGCUGGCGAGGGGUUCUGCGCCUCGGGGCUGGUGGUCACCGCCCGAAAUUUCCUGGAUGUGUACCCCUACCAGAAAUGGGGCACGCCCCAUGAGACUCUGCCUCAGUAUGUGGAGGGCCAGACCUUUGAACCCGCAUCCAUCGACCUGAAACCGGGCUGCACCCAGGCGCCGCCGCGCCUGACCGAGGCGGACCUGAUCGCCAAGAUGGAGCAGCACGGCAUUGGUACCGAUGCCACUGUGGCAGACCACAUCCAGAAACAGCUGGAGCGGGGGUACGCGGUCAAGGACGAGGCGGGUCAGUCCCAGACCUUCUCGCCCACGCCCCUGGGCGAGGCCCUGAUCUCCGCCUACAGUGCCAUGGGGCUGACCAACCUCUGGCAGCCCCAGCUGCGCGGCGCCAUCGAGGGGAACAUCCUGGCGGUGGCCCAGGGCGCCCGCACCAAGGCGAGUCGGGAGAGCGUGCUGGCGGAGGCCAUCCUCGCUUUCCAGACCGACUUUGGGUCUGCCAUGGCUCAGGCCCACGUGCUGGAGGCGGAGGUUCGCGAGGUUGUGUUUGGCAGCGUGGCGCGGGGUGCUGGUGCCGGGGCUGGAGCCAGGCGCCUGGAUGCAGGGGAGCGUCAGGGGGAGCCGGGCGGCCCUGGCCUGGCCCCGGGAUCCCAAGCGUUCGGUGGGUGCAGCUGCGGCGGGCAGCUGGUGCUGUCCAGGGACCCUGGCGGCGGCCCACCCCACAUCGCAUGCAGCGCCUGGCCCCUGCACCGCUUCCGGGUGGACCUUCCCCGCAUUACCACCUCCGUGGGCGUCAGCGAGGAGGCCUGCGCCGCCUGCGGCGCCUCGCUGCUGGACCUGGGCUUCACGCGCGCGCUGCUGCCGCCCGGCUUCCAGCCGCGCAUGCACACCUGCGUGGCCUGCGACCCCGAGUUCCAGCGCCUCAUCCAGCUGGUGGGCGCGGUGCGCCGAGGGGCCAGGCCCGGCGCAUCGCCAGGCACCCCGAGGGGGUGGCGCGCCGGCGGCGAGAGGCCGAGGCCGGGGCGUGCGUUCCAGCCCCGGGCGGCGCGGGAGGGGCGGCAGCUCCCAUGA